GCAAUUGGUGGAGGUGGCACUUGCGAUUGGAGUGGAGAGCGAUUGGAGUGGAGGGCGAUUGGAGUGGUGAGGGGGGACACCCCAGUCUGAAAUUGUUCAUGUGCCUGGCUAGUAGUAACCUGGUUGUGUAAGUUUAUUAUGCAACGUAAAGUUGUAAUCAUGAACUUUCUGGCUAAUUGGAGAAUACCCGAGCUGCCUCUGCUGAAGCUAAUCAUUGGAUCAGCUAGAGGUGUGGCGAUUCCUUAGCUUUCCAAAAUAGCACCAGGAGCUACAGGACAGGGGAUACAAUUACAACCAUAAAGGGAUCAAACUAGGAAAGUCACUGCUUUUUUUUAUUUAUUUUUUUUCAAACCUCCACAAUUAGUGAAAUUUCCCCUUUUGGCAAAAGCUGCAUGAUGCACAAAUCACAACUAACUGAAAGGUUCACUGACUAUGCACUUUCAUUUCCUCAAGGCUCUGUGACAGAUGUACAAAUGAAACAGGACCGUUUACUUAGGGAGGGGCGGGGAAGGAGGAAGGCGUCAAUUGUACUUUAACACUGUUUAUACCUAGGUGGAACUCUCUCUGCCCAGUGCAAAAGGCGGAAGUAGCAACAUAAGCCCUGCCGGUGAGGUGCCUGCCUGUGCCUCGUGGAAGUGACUAGAGUGGGAUAUUGACACAAGACUGGUACAGAAGGAUCAGAAGAUAACAUGAGCCAUAGAGGCAGAGCCACCCCCAUGGACACCUCAGCAUCCUGUGCAAGUACUGGCAAUCAAAGUUACCCACGCGCAGUAGGCACCUGUGCCAUGUGUCGCUUGCCAUGCCCUGUGCCUGUGUUAAUGGUUAACUGCGGGCAUCGCUUCUGCCUGCGAUGCCUAGAAAACUUUUGGCAAAGUCUCGCAACCCUAGAGCGCACCUGCCCCACUUGCACCAUGCAGGGUACACAGCGCCACUCUGUGCCACAACCAGCAUCAUGUGACAUGUGUCCGGCUCAUGCCCCAUGUGUGGCCCGCUGGAGCUGCCUUAACUGUGGAGAAUCUUACUGCUCUGAGCAUUUCCAGCCACACAUAGAGGGAGAAGGGGACAGAGACUUCUCUGAGCACCAGGUGUGUGAUGCGGACGGAGAAGAAGCCUGCAGGAUGCGUGAGGUGAUGGGAGGGAGCAGGCGGUGCCCGGAGCACAGGGAGCGGAUGGUAGAGCUCUACUGUAAGGUGUGCAAGGUGUGUAUCUGCACCCUGUGCCCAUUACUGGGCUCCCAUCAGACACACCCAGUCACACUCAUACAGGAGGAGGCACGGAUGAAGAAGAACCUGACAGACAGAUGCCUGGAGCGGCUUGAUGAAAAGAACAGGCAUGUACUAAGCAAUAUAGAGCAUAUCGAUCUGGCUGCAACUGAACUCAAGGCUCGCACGUUGGCAAGUACAGAAUCACUGACAGGAAAAUUCACAGAACUCCGACUGCUACUUGAUGAAGAAGAAAAGUUAGCAAGAAAAUACAUUGAAGAAAAAACAAAGCUGGCCCUCUGGGCAUACGAUGCACAAAUAGAGUCCUGUCGAGAACACAUAACAACUAUUGACACAUUUUCCAGCCAUGUCAAAAGCAUUCAACAACAGCAUGAUGCUGUUAAAAUGAUAAGGGAAUACACAUCGGCUGAAAAGGACAUGCAAAGACAUAUGUCUCCAGCAGAGCAGUUGCACCCAGUUCCUGUAACAUAUGAGCAUAUUGAGAAUUACUUUAGCUCAUUCACAGAAGCCUUUAAAGCCUCUCUCAAGGAGCCUUUAGCAAAUCGACUGAAAAGUAAUGUAUUCAGCAGUCUCAGUGUAACUUCCAGUCAGAAUCCUGGAACACUGAUCAAAACAAAAUCAUUUGAGGAUAGGUCAUUAUUUCUAAAACAUGCCAGGUGCCCAACAUUAGAUCCUGAUACAAUGCAUCCAAAAUUGAGGCUGUUAGAGGAUCGUCUCACAAUAUACACUGCCUGGAUUGGGAGGUUUAAUUCUGGCCAUCCCCAGAGAUUUGAUAAGCUCUUACAAGUGAUGAGCAGAGAUUGUUUUUACUCAGGCAGUCAUUACUGGGAAGUUGAUCUGCUCCAAGCUGGACAGGGGUGGUGGAUUGGUAUCACUUACCCAUCCAUCCAGAGGAAAGGUGAUACAGAAUUCAGCCGUCUGGGUUGGAACAGUGGAUCUUGGUGCAUUAAGAGAUAUGCCCACGAGCACUGGGCAUUUUACAAAGGGGAGAGGACGCCCAUAAUGCUGGAGGUCCCACCAGAACGAGUUGGUGUGUUCCUGGAUUAUGAAGCUGGGGUACUUUCAUUCUUUGAUGUAACGAAUGGCAUGAGGCUAUUGCACACUUUUCGCUGUAGAUUUACAGAACCAGUCUAUCCAGCUCUUCGCCUUUGGGAUGGUAAAAUAUCCAUAUGCAGACUGAAUUAAUACUUUAUGAUUGCUACAUAUAUUCUGCAGGCACAGAGCAUCCUAACACAGCCUUUACUCUUCACAAGCACCAACUGCUAUUUCCUCUAGCCAUUCACUUGUUAAUGGAAAUGAAUGAGUGAAUAAUAAAUAAAGAACAUCUCGUUUUACUAUAUUCUCAAUCAAGAUGGUAAUUAGUGUACACAUGAUUAUUAAUCCAACUAAGAAAGUUAAAAGGAUGGACAUAUUGAGAAAAAAUCACACCUGGCUACAUUAGACAAUCUGUGUACAUCAUGAACUUUAUUACAUCAUGAACUGUAUGAGUGAACUUCUAUUUUACUUACUGUGCCAUUAGUUUACUUUCACUUAUGUGACUAUUACUGGCUAUACAUGGGUUAACUUUGGGGGAUAAGCGAUCAUUCCACCUGUAUGUUAAUAAUGUAUGUAAAUAAUGGUAUUGGCGACCAACCUUCCAGAUGAGGGCAUCAGCUGUCUAGCUUUAAAGUUUUGGACAAAAACUCAGGUGCAGUGAUCAGGUUACAGGCCCAUGUAGAGUUUCCACACAUAGUAUAUCUGGUUGCUAGGGUCCAAAUUACCCUAGCAACCAGACAGUGGUAUGAAUGAGACACUGGAAUAUGAAUAGGUGAGGGACUGAUUAAAAACGUAUGCAAUUUAAGAAGUAGCAAUAACAUUAAAAUUGCAACCUCUAGAAGCACUAGAUUUUUGGUUGCCAGGGUCAGUGACUGCCAUUUGAAAAAUAAGAUAAACGAUUCCAAAACUAUAAGAAAUUAGAAAUGGAGACCAAUUACGAAAAAUUGGUAAAAUUGUAUUUCAGUUGCCUAAAUAUUUUUCCUCUUCGUUUUUUGUUAACGUACAUUGUAUUGCUAUUAAGCAGCAAAGAGAAAUAAGCACUUUUACUAUUCACUAAUGUCUGUAGCCAUUAAAAUCUUUUUUUUUUUGGGGGGGGGCAGAUUAGCUGCAUUGUUGUUUGCAUUUGCCCUCUGUCACCAACCUCUCGACCGUUUGUUGCACUUUGCAAAGAAUUUCAAACUUACCUUUGAGGGCAAUUUGUAGCACAUUUACUUGAAAUAUCUGCGUUAAAUAUUAAAAAUAAAAAAAAAAAUACAAAUAUUAA